AUGUACGUAGGGGAUCCUGGUGUGAGGUGGUGCUGCUUGUUGUUGUUGCUGCUGCUGCUGCUGCUGAUACUGGGUGCGGUGGUAAAGGGUGGUGACGCUGACAGUACAGUUGUUGAUAGUGAUAAUGAUGCUGACGAUGCUGCUGCUGCUGCUGCUGACGAUGAUGGUGGUGAUGAUUACAUGCCGGCAAGUCCGAUUACUUCCAUUGAUUCCGACGUUCCAAAGCUACCAGCUCUCCUCGACAAUCAGCACCAUCGAACGUUUCCUCUCGAGAUCGAUAGAGGUAAUCACACAUUUCAUCAAGAUCAGGAAACAACUGUACCUAUUGGUCGAAUGAAUCUAGGCGCUUCGUUACGCAGUGGUAACAUUCCCGGGUCAUGGACAUGGAGGACAUGUAAGCAAAAGUAG